AAAGUUCUACUCACAUUGAUUACUCGAUUGACAAGUUUUUUUUCCAUUUUACAACAAAAUGUCUAAUAACGAGAUUGGUGUUUCCCUGCCGUUAAAAAUGGACUACACUUGGCCGCACAACGUGGAGAGAAUUAUCAAUUAUAUUGUGGAAAAUGAUAUGCAUGUUACAAAUAGUGAUAGAGCGGUUUUGGUGAAAACUGAGCUCAUGAGGUUUCUUACAAACGAUGUGUUCUACAUAAUUGUAUACGACAACUAUGGAGAAUCAGAAUGUCAUACUCUUUUUGGGGAUAAGAAACAACUGAUAGUAUCAGUUAAUCCUGGAAAAUGUAAUAUCAUAGUUUAUCGAAGUCAUGAAUGGAGUGAUUCGCCAAUGUUAGCAUUUGAAACCGUCAAAACUGAAGUAGACACCGCUUGUAAACAGGGAAUUAGUCAACAAUCAAACUACACGAAUAUGCUUCACGAGUUGCUCAACACAUUCCAUGACACAAACUUUGUCGGUCUAAUCGAAGCGAAUCGCAACGUUUCUGUAAACUCAGCCAACAGUUUUGGAAGACCAUGGGGUCCUGGAUGGUGGGACAGUGUUGAUGUGCUGGUCCCCGGUACUAAAAAGAAAACUGGAAGGAAACUCAUUCUUAUUGCCGGGUAUAAAUAGAUAAAUAAAUAAUAAAUAAGUUUGUUAUCGAAAA